AUGGCUGCAACCUGUGAGAUUAGCAACGUGUUCAGCAAUUACUUCAGUACGAUGUACAGCUCGGAGGACCCCAGUCUGGCCUCUGCUCCCCCUGCCGCCGCCUUCGGGGCCGAUGACCUGGUGCUGGCACUCGGCAGCCCGCAGGUGCCCCUGGAGGGCACAGAGAAGGCCAGCUGGUUGGGAGAGCAGCCCCAGCUCUGGUCCAAGGCGCAGGUCCUGGACUGGAUCAGCUACCAAGUGGACAAGCACAAGUAUGACGCCAGCGCCAUCGACCUCUCGCGCUGUGACAUGGACGGGGCCGCGCUCUGCCGCUGCGCCCCUGAGGAGCUGCGCCUGGUCUUCGGGCCCCUGGGGGACCAGCUCUACUCCCAGCUGUGGGGCCUCACUUCCAGCUUCCCCGACGAGCUCAGCUGGAUCAUGGAGCUUCUGGAGGAGGACAGCGUGGCGCCGCUGGAAGCCCUGGGGGACCAGGGCCCUGUGGACCAGGGAAGCCCCUUCGCCCAGGAGAUGCCUGAGGACUGCAGACAGGCCAGCCCCUUCUACCCGGGCAGCUUCGGCACGGGGGCCCCCUCCCCGGGCAGCUCUGACGUCUCCACCGCAGGGACUGGUGCUUCUCAGAGCCCCCAGGCCUCAGACUCCGGUGGAAGCGACGUGGACCUGGACGCCCUGGACAGCAAGCUCUUCUCUGGGGACGGCUUUCCCGACUACAAGAAGGGGGAUCUUAAGCAUGGGAAGCGGAAACGGGGCCGGCCCCGAAAGCUGAGUAAAGACUCCCGGGAGUGUCUUGAGGGCAAGAAGAGCAAGCAGGCCCCCAGAGGCACCCACCUGUGGGAGUUCAUCCGCGACAUCCUCAUCCACCCGGAGCUCAACGAGGGCCUCAUGAAGUGGGAGAACCGGCAAGAGGGCGUCUUCAAGUUCCUGCGCUCGGAGGCCGUGGCCCAGCUCUGGGGCCAGAAGAAAAAGAACAGCAGCAUGACCUACGAGAAGCUGAGCCGGGCCAUGAGGUACUACUACAAACGGGAGAUCCUGGAGCGGGUGGACGGCCGGCGGCUUGUCUACAAGUUUGGCAAAAACUCCAGCGGCUGGAAGGAGGAGGAGGUGGCCGGGCAUAGGAACUGA